GCAGCUGCACAUAUGUUUUGUUUCCUCUAUCUUUGAUUAUGAUUUUAGAGUCAAAUCAGUAGACGGACACUUGUUGCCAGAGUCUGCAAGAGACUAGGAGGGAUUUAUAGGAAACGUCUCACAACUCACUCACGCACAGACAGAGAGAGGGAGAGGGAGUGUCUCUCUCCUCCGUCCUCUGUCUCCUCAGCGGACUGAAGCGGCUGCAGAGACGUCAACGAGGCACAGCCAUGUUGGGUGUCCUCCUCAUUCUGUCCCUCUGUUCCCUGGUGGCCCUGGUGCCUCCCCCGAGUGCUACUGCCCUCUGCAAGCGCUGCUGUGACGACCUGGAGCCAGCAGAGGGCAGCGGAGCCGAGCUGGCCGCCGGAGGGUUCAGCCAUGUGCCGGAGGUCCGCACCUUCAUCAACAUGACCAUCCUCAAAGGUGACAAAGGAGAUCGUGGCGACAGAGGGACACCAGGUAAAGCUGGACAGGAAGGCCCUCCGGGCGCCGUUGGACCCAGUGGCCCAAAAGGCGCUAAGGGCCAAGCGGGGCCUCCAGGAGACCCCUGCAAAGUCCAGUACUCCGCCUUCUCUGUUGGCCGUCGCAAAUCCCUCCACAGCCUGGAGUCCUACCAGGCGCUGGUGUUCGACACGGUCUUUGUCAACCUCGACGGCCACUUCGACAUGUUCGGCGGGAAGUUCCUCUGCCGCAUCCCGGGGAUCUACUUCUUCAACGUCAACAUUCACACGUGGAACUUCAAGGAGACGUAUCUGCACAUCAUGCAGAACGACAGGGAGCAGGCCAUCGUGUACGCCCAGCCCAGCGACCGCUCCAUCAUGCAGAGUCAGAGCCUGAUGCUGCAGCUGGAGCUGAACGACGAGGUGUGGGUCCGACUGUACAAGAGGCAGCGGGAGAACGCCAUCUACAGUGACGACGUAGAUGUCUAUAUCACUUUCAAUGGGUACCUCAUCAGAGCGAGUGUGGAGGAGUAAUGAGGAGGAAGACAAGCUGAGGACGUCUCUCUGUAAUUUGUAGAUAAAAGGCGUCCAGCUGCUGAUUCAGCGACACCUCUGCAGUGAACUGAAAACACUCGAUACCCCAAAGGAAAAGUCUCAGAAUAUGUGGAUUCAUUCUCUGUAUCUCUCUGAUUGGAUAUCAUAACAACAAAACAGGAGUCUUACAUUCCUCAUUACACACAGUAACAAGAUUAUUGAUUUAAAAAAAAAAAAAAAAGGACAUAAUUCGUCAUGUGUAAUUUGUAAUGACAGAAUAAUGAAAACAGAAAGAUGGCUGAUAUUUAGUAUUGUCACUCAAGCGAUGAUUUAUAGUAGCAUAUGGUAAGAACAAGUACACUACACUACAUUUGGUGCUAAAACAUGGUGCUAACUGAAUUUUUGUUGUGUAGAAUAUGGAAUAAAAGGGCAGUUUUGACUCUAUGUGACUUUGUGAAACUGAAGCAUAAUGUUCUCUACAGGAAGAUCUCGUGUUUUGGACUGAUUUACUAUUAUAUGGACCGUCUCAUGUCCUGCUUUUAAAGUGUACUUGAAUGCUUCGUGCUAAACAACAGACGGCAAAAGCAAAGACAGCUAAAGGCAGCGGCUCAUGACCUGGACUAUAAAUCUUAACUCCAUAUACUGUAUGUACGAGCUGCUGGGCAAUUGAAUUUCUCCAAGGGGAUGAAUAAAGUAUCUAUCUAUAGAUA